AUGACAGCGAAAGGAAAAUCUAGCUCUUUAUUCGACGAUAUAUUUAAAAUUCAGAAUGCUGCCCCUGAACUGGACGUUGAUCCUGAAGAUCUGGUCGAUGGGUUCAAGGCUUCUCUUGUGGAUGGUGUAGAUGAAGUAGAAACUUUUGCAUCCAGCAGUUUACGGAAACAAGCAGCAAUUAUUCCAGAUGACCCCAAAUAUAAAGGAAAAAAGAUAUCCAGAAAAGAUUUCUUCAAUGAUGAUGAUAGUGCUGAUGAGGGUCAUUUUACUGAUUCAAGCCAGAGUCAGAGGUCAGAUGAUUCAGAGAAUGAAGGUAGUCACAUUGAUGAUGAUGAUUUUGACGAAGAAGAAAAUGGUGAGGGGAAUGACAAAUUAGAAAGCAGCGAGGAUGAUGAUGAUGCUGACAAUGAUGAAGCUGGUGUGGACGACGCAUUAGAGGAUGAAUCGGCCAAGACAAUUAAAGCAAUUGAUGUGUUACCACCAGCAAACAAGUCUGAUGACAGAGCAAAAGGAAAAGCGGUGAUGUAUCAGUUAGGUGUGUGGGACGACUUGAUCAAAAGCAGAAUUGCCAUGCAGAAGAUGGUUACAGCCUGCAACAGAUUGCCGCAGCCAGACACAUGGACUGACUUUAUCCAGCAGGAGAGUUUUAGAAAGGAGGCUAAGAACGUGCAUAGCUCGGUGAGGAAACUUGUAUCUACCCUGCUGGACGUUCAGCUGCAGCUCUUGCAUUCAGGAGAAAAAUCUGGCAAAAGUAAAACACCAGCUGGUGGCUCAGACGAGGAGAUUACCAGUGAAUCUGAAGUGGACGAUGAGAAGGAGAAGGCAGUGAUAAGUACCAAAAUGAAUGGGUCACAUAAUGAUACAGAGAAAGGGGAUUUGAAUGCAGAUGAGGAAGAUGACAGCCCAGAGGAAGAAGAAGACGAAGAUAUGGAGACUGAUGCUGUGACGGAAAACAGGCAACAAAACCAUGGGCGUAUGAAACGUAAACUGGAUGUUGAGGAGGUUGAAGAGACGCUUUCAAAACGGCACAAGGAUUUUCAGAGUUUCAGAAAUGACACCUUGUCCAAGUGGGAUGAGAAGACGAGGCUAACCCAAGGAAAGAUCAAGGCCAAGAAUUUUUCUGCGUUUGAAGUGUCUGUCUUGAAACAGAUAGAGCAGAUUUUGGUUAACCGCGACAGACUGAUUAAACGGUUACAUCAGCAGCGAUCAGCUUACAGAAUUCUAGGCAAGCCAAGCAAUGAUACUGAGAGAAAAGCUGGAGAAAACGGUGUCGUAGAGGAUGAUGAUGAUGAGGUGGAGAUCAAGCUGAAACAGAGAACCAGGCCAGAAACAGAAGUCAAUCAUGAAAUUAUUGAUGACAAUGAUUUCUACCAUGUGUGCCUCAGGGACCUGAUUGAGAUGAAGCAGAAUGAAGAGACAGAUCCGGUGAUGGCUAAUAAGCAGUGGCUGGAAAUUCAAAGGCUGAGAAAUAAGCAGAAACGGAAGGUGGAUACCCGUGCGAGUAAGGGUAGGAAGAUCAGAUACCAUGUGAAAGAAAAGUUGAAGAACUACAUGACACCGUACGACAAGUCUCUGUGGUCAGAGGAACAGAAGGAUGAUCUGUUUAAAGCCUUAUUUGGAGGGAAGCUUUAUCGUGAAAGCAACCCUGAAGCUUUUGAGAAUCCAAGUAUCAAUCUGGGCAUUUAG